CAGGCUGAGAAGAGGAAGCGCGGGGAGGACUACAUUUCCCACGAGCCCACGGGGUAGGGCGAGGGGCAGGCGUCGGAGACAUCACCGGACAGGCCUUCCCCGGCAUUUGGCUACCGUAUCCAAGUUUCAUGCAGGCACCUGGGAAAGCUGGUGUUGCGGCUGCUGCCUGAUUCCCGCCGACAGACCUUGGGACCGGGGCCGCCGCUGGCAGCUGGACAUGGCGGACACCAGGUCGGUGCACGAAACCAGGUUUGAGGCGGCCGUGAAGGUGAUCCAGAGUUUGCCGAAAAAUGGAUCAUUCCAGCCUACAAAUGAAAUGAUGCUCAAGUUUUAUAGCUUCUAUAAACAGGCGACUGAAGGACCCUGCAAACAUUCAAGGCCUGCAUUCUGGGAUCCUAUUGGAAGAUACAAAUGGGAUGCUUGGAGUUCCUUGGGUGAUAUGACCAAAGAAGAAGCUAUGAUUGCAUAUGUAGAAGAAAUGAAAAAGAUUCUUGAAACGAUGCCCAUGACUGAGAAAGUUGAAGAACUGCUGCACGUCAUCGGUCCCUUCUAUGAGAUUGUAGAAGACAAAAAGAGCAACAGGAGUUCUGACUUAACUUCAGUCCGACUGGAGAAAAUCUCCAAAUACUUAGAAGAUCUUGGUAAUGUUCUGACUUCUCCAAAUGCAAAAGCUGUGAAUGGUAAAGCUGAAAGCAGUGAUAGUGGUGCUGAGUCUGAGGGAGAAGAGGUCCAAGAGGAAGUAAAAGGAACAGAACAGAGUGAGAGUGAGAAGAAAAUCAUGAAGAAAACAGUAGAUAAGAAUUUGGACGUCAUUGUCACUAACGGCUAUGAUAAAGACAGCCUUGUUCAGGUUGUACAGAAUGACAGCUGUGUCCAUUCUUCCCGGAAUGACAAAAGAGCUGGAGAAGUAAAACUUACAGACCAAAACUUGGACCAAACUGGAAAAACUGCUGCCCGUGUUCACCCAGAUAUGAAUGAUGAUCACAAUGAAGAUAUUUCAGGAGUUCAGCAUUUGACAAGUGACUCAGACAGUGAGGUUUACUGUGACUCUAUGGAGCAAUUUGGACAAGAAGAGUCUUUAGACAGCUUUAUGUCAGACAGUGGACAAUUUCAAUAUUACUUGGGUGGUGAUCCCAGUCAGCACUUGGAAAAUUCUGGUUUUCAUGAAGAUGUUCGAGUAUCUCCUGGAAAUGGAGCCAUUGGGCACAUGCAGAUGAUGGCAGUCGAGGGCAAAGGUGAAGUAAAGCAUGGAGGAGAAGAUGGCAGAAAUAACAGUGGAGCGCCACAUCGUGAGAAGCGCGCUGGAGAAAGUGAGGAAUUCUCUGUCAGAAGAGGGAGAGGGCAUAGGAUGCCACAUUUGAGUGAAGGAACAAAGGGCCGGCAAGUUGGUAGUGGAGGUGAUGGAGAGCGCUGGGGCUCCGACCGAGGGUCACGAGGCAGCCUCAAUGAGCAGAUUGCGCUGGUGCUCAUCAGAUUGCAGGAGGACAUGCAGAAUGUCCUCCAGAGACUUCACAAACUGGAAACCCUAACGGCUUUGCAGACAAAGUCAUCCACAUUGCAGACACAACCCUCCUCACAGAGACCAUCUUGGUGGCCCUUUGAGAUGUCUCCUGGUGCAUUAACUUUUGCUAUUAUAUGGCCUUUUAUUGCCCAGUGGUUGGUGCAUUUAUAUUAUCAAAGACGGAGAAGAAAACUGAACUGAAUAAAGUUUUUUUUAUUCAAGACUGCUGGGCCUGAAUAUCCUACAAGUGAAAUGGAUUUUGGAUUCACAGGAAGAUCGCGAUGUGAUGUUACAUUUCCCUUCUGUUGUCCAGUAGCUUGGUCUGCAUACACAUAUGCAUAUAUAUUCUUUUGCACUACAUGAAUAACAUUUGAAGGACUAACAUUGUUAUACUUGAAUAAUCAGUUUCAGCUAGGUUAUAAAAAGCAUACGUAGAUGUACUGUACUCUUGAACUAGGAUGACAUUAAAUUAUUAUUGUUUUCUAACAUGUUCACCUGAUUAUCUCCCGUAGAGAAACAAGCUGCUUUUCCAAGGCACAAUUGUGAUGAUGAGAUCAGAUUUAUAAGUAUAUUUAGUUUCCUGAAGUAUAAGAAAGCAUGCAAAUUGAGAGUGAAUUUCAAGUGAGGUUAGGUCAGUUUUAUACCAGUCACUGAGAUUGUCAGGUCAGGUUGUAGAGGACCGCCAGGAGAACUAACUGUAUUCUCAGUGAUCUGUGCACAGUUGGGUCCUCACAACUCAGUCAGUGUUCAGGCAUCAUUCCAGAAAACUAGAGUCCAUGUUCUAGGUUAGUGCUUCCAGAAGAUUCAUGGAACACACAAAAUGUGCUGAUGGAGAUGAUAAAGAACGGGUCUAAUGUGGGUAUCAAUGUAAUUCUGAGAAUUACAUCAUUUGUAUUUAUUCCUUGGUAAUCAUUUCGCAAGUGUGGAUCUAGUGGCUGCUUCAUAGGGUGCUUUGUAAUAUAAAAUCAAAGUUGACUUUUUGUAAAGCUGAAAAGGGAAACAUGAAAAUCCUUUUCUGCAAGUGGUAAACAACAGUUUGAAUUCUUAACCUUUUAGUGCCUCCUGUUUUUCUUUGGGGUAUAAUAUAUGGUUAGAGCUUAACUGUGGGUACUGGCAGAAUGUGAGAGCUAACAGACCAUGUGUCCAUUGGUGUAAUGAAAGCAUGCCUAAUGAAUGGAAUCUGAACUCCCACAAUCCCACUUCUCACCUUUAGAUGAAGAGACUAAUUUUGAUCCUGGGAAAUCAUUUUUAUUGUACACUCCCCAAACUAUUGCUCACUUAGAUAUUCUUUGUGCUGUAAAGAUUUAACUUAAAGGCUUUAUAGCAAAAAAAAAAAAAAAAAAAAAAAAAAAAAAAAAUUU